UCCAUUAAUCCCUUAACGGCGGUGGCGUAUAAAUGGGGUUGUUGUCAGGACACGUGGCAAAAGGGUUAAAAUUUAAUUAGAAAACCUGGUGGCAGCUCCCGGAGCUUAACGGAGAUUUGUGUAAGCCGCUCGGACGGACAAGGCUGCUGUGUGAGCUGCUGGCGGAGCCGGGCUACUGCAGCCGCUGGCUCUGGGGGCACGCCUGGAGCCUGCCCAGGAAGCGCCGUGAAAGAGGAGUUUGUUGGGAGGUUGGACGCGGCUCUGUGCACGCCCUAUAAAGCCAGCAAGCCGGCAUGCCAGCGUGCUAAACACCGAGCCAGGCGGGACGCGGAGGUUCGCUGGACCCAUGGCUUCGGUGCUGAUGUGCGGGGUGGAGGAUCUGCUGCUCGGGGGCAGCCGAUGCGUCUGGACGCUGACGGUGACGGCGCUCCGGCGGUGGUACGCGGGGAGGCUGCGGGCGUGCCGGCAAGCGCUGCGGGCAUGGUGCGGCCUCGGGGAUGUCUACCAGAUGACAGAGGGCCGGCACUGCCAGGUGCAUCUCCUCGAUGACAGGAACUUGGAGCUGCUGGUUCAGCCCAAGCUUCUGUCUCGAGAGUUGCUGGAUCUGGUGGCCUCGCACUUCAACCUGAAAGAAAAGGAGUACUUUGGGAUAACAUUUAUAGAUGAUACAGGUCAGAGUGUCUGGCUGCAGCUGGACCACAGAGUCUUGGAUCAUGACUUGCCCAAGAAACCAGGCCCAGCAAUGCUGUAUUUUGCUGUUAGGUUCUACAUUGAAAGCAUCUCCUUCCUCAAGGAUAAAACAACAGUAGAGCUGUUCUUCCUGAAUGCCAAGUCCUGUGUACACAAGGGGCAGAUCGAAGUCGAAAGUGAGACGGUCUUCAAGUUGGCAGCCCUGGUCCUGCAGGAAGCUAAAGGGGACUAUUCCAGUGAUGAAAACACACGGAAAGACUUGAAGACGCUGCCUGUCUUUCCCACCAAGACACUGCAGGAACAUCCGUCGCUUGCUUACUGUGAGGAUAGAGUCAUUGAACAUUACACACAAAUAAAAGGUCUGACCAGAGGACAAGCCAUUGUUCAGUACAUGAGAGUGGUAGAAGCUUUGCCAACAUAUGGUGUCCAUUACUAUGGAGUAAAGGAUAAACAAGGAAUCCCUUGGUGGCUUGGAAUAAGUUAUAAAGGAAUAGGCCAGUACGACUUACAAGACAAAGUUAAGCCCAGAAAACUAUUCCAAUGGAAACAGCUGGAAAACCUCUAUUUCCGUGAGAAGAAGUUUGCUGUGGAAGUGCACGAUCCCCGCAGGAUUUCAGUGUCAAGAAGGACCUUUGGUCAGAGCGGGCUGGUAGUGCAAACCUGGUAUGCAAACACUUCCCUGAUCAAAUCCAUCUGGGUAAUGGCAAUCAGUCAACACCAGUUCUACUUGGACAGAAAACAAAGCAAAGCAAAAAUUCCUUCAGCCAGAAGUUUGGAUGAUAUCGCCAUGGAUUUGACAGAGAUGGGAACACCAAAGGUUUCAAAGCUAGUGACUCUGGAGGCAAAAAAUCAGCUUAUUAUGGCCAGCAGUGGCAGCUUAAUCUCAUCAGGCUCUCAGGAUUCAGAAGUCAGCGAAGAACAAAAGAAGGAGAAAAUUAUGGAGCUAAAGAAGAAAGAGAAACUCCUUCAGGAAAAACUACUCCAGAAAGUUGAGGAGCUGAAGAAAAUCUGCCUGCGUGAAGCGGAGCUGACGGGCAAGAUGCCAAAGGAGUAUCCUCUGAGCGCUGGAGAGGAACCUCCCCAGGUCAGAAGACGUGUUGGCACAGCCUUCAAGCUGGAUGACAACCUGCUCCCUACUGAGGAGGAUCCCGCUUUGCAGGAAUUGGAGAGCAAUUUUGUCAUACAGCAGAAGCUGGUGGAAGCUGCAAAGAAACUUGCCAGCGAGCCGGACCUCUGCAAAAAUGUGAAGAAGAAAAGAAAACAGGAGUAUGCCGAUGCUGUAAAAAAGCUUCAAGAGAUAGAAAAUUCCAUAAAUGAAUACAGGAUCAAGUGUGGCAAGAAGCCAACCCAAAAAUCAACUCUUACUCUGCCAGAUGAUAUAAUCCCAUCUGAGAGCAGCUCUCUGUCUGAUACGACAACCUAUGAUGACGGCAGUGAAUCCCUCAGCGUGCCAGCACAACGAACCAGCUCUGCACAGCUUUCCCCAAGGCUGCUUCCACCAAAGUCUCUCGGGCUGGAGAGAGUUCAUCUCAGAAAGUCAUCCAUGAACGAGCAGCUCUUGGAAUCAAGACAUUCCAGGGACCCACUUUCCACUCACAGCAGUCCUUACCGCACCCUGGAACGAGCGGCCCCGUCCCAUGGAGGAAGAAGCAUGCCUACAACACCUGUGCUCACACGCAAUGCCUACAGCAGCAGCCACUUACAGCCAGAUGUUUCCCCACACCACUGCAGGCAGCGCAGUGGCAGCCUGGAGUCCCAGACCCACCUCCUGGCUGAGGUUCCUGCUGAGAAGACGGCCUUCUCCCUCACAAAGUCCCAGAGAAGCAGCAGCACUGAGAUCCUCGAUGAUGGAUCAUCCUACACCAGCCAGUCGAGCACCGAGUAUUACUGCGUGACACCUACACCCAAACCAUAUUACACUACUCAGACACUUGACAACAGGACCAGGGGUCGAAGACGGUCGAAGAAACAGCACAUCUCUGCUGCAGGUUCAGGAAGUAUGCCAAAUCUUGCCCAAAAGGAUGUCCGGAAUGGUGUCUACCACAAAAGCCAGGAGCAGCCUUCCUCCAGCUACUAUAUUUCUGGAUAUUCCCCGUACACCGAAUCUGAUGUUUAUUACAAUGGAGGAUGCGUUUAUGAGAGCGAUACAGAGGGGCAGUACAGCGUCAAUCCCUCAUAUCGCUCGUCGGCACAUUACGGAUACGACCGUUACAGGGAAUUCAGGUCUUACAAUGAGGAUGAAGUGGACAGAGUACCGCACAACCCAUACGCGACCCUACGGCUUCCAAGGAAGCAAGUUGCUAAAACGGAGCAUAUAACCAAAAACAUUCACAAGGCCUUAGUAGCAGAGCAUCUCCGUGGUUGGUACCAGCGUGCCUCUAGUCAAAAGGAACAGGGUCAUUGCCUGCAGGCAGGCUUUGAGUCUGACAGAGGGUCUCAAAGGAGUUUGGGCUUUGCUGGUCUGCAGGUGCCGUGCUCUCCCAGCAGUCAGGUGUCGUCUUUCUCAUCUGCAUCUUCUGCAAACACUUCUGGGAACUGGCGGAACCCACUUGCACUGGGACUUUCAGAUUAUGAUACGUUAUCUCAUUCCUCUUUUGCCAGCUGUUAUGGAAACACUUAUGGCAACCUUCCUUUGCAGAGCAGAGUGUACCCAGAGCCAAGCCAACUGGGCAGUAAUGAGGAGAACCAGCUGGAGGAAGACUUGCACAACAGUGAGCAGAGGUUGUUCUGGCAUGAGGACUCCAAGCCUGGGACACUCGUGUAGACCGCCCACAGCCCUGCAUUCGUACCCUUGCGUGCCUUGCACAAAAUGCUGUUACUCCGAAGGAGAUCUCGGGUGCACCUUCCAGACCGAUGUUGCCAGGAAUGAUGAAACUCAGCAUUCAGAGGGAUUGUAGCAAAAUGACAAAGUCUUACCAAGAACGGCGUUUCUUUCUGAAUCCACAUCACCUGCAAGAGCAAAGGGCAAGCCACAACUGAAUCUAUGACAAGAUGCAGCACUUGGUUGGAGUAUUUAGGUUCAGCGAGCACUUUUGUGGAAAGGUUGGAAGGUGGUGAAAGCAAACCUCAGAAAAAAUAAAUGUGAAAAGGAAACAUAGAAAAAGCAGGAAUUCUAGGAGCACAAUUCUGAUGUCCAGAAGAAGAACAAAUGGGAAUUUCUUCCGCCGUGGCUUGUGAGAACCUGGAAGGACUUUCAUAAGCUGAUGAAGGAUUGAUUCUGUGUGUGUGAAUGAGGCAAAGGGCGAUUUGAUCAGUAUUGGAACAUUACUUGAAGAAAGGCUGGAUUUUUUUGUUGUUGUUACAGAGGUUUGAAUGAAUUUAUCUGUUUUUGGGGUGUUGUUAAGAGUGAUUGUUAGCACCGCAAAGGAGUUGUGGGAAGAAAAGAAUGAGCUGUCAGAAUAUGUCACCUAAAACUCCGGGUUGUGGGUUUGGGAAGCAGAGGAGUCUGCUCCUCCCCGUGAUGAAGUGUCACAAACAACUUCACUGUGUGGGGGCAGGCAGACCCCAUCACUGCUGGGUGGCAGCUCCGCAUUGCUCUGCCGUAGCAAAUCAAGGAUGGAAAUGGGGAGCUCUGCCUGGCACAGGAGCAACGUGACGUAAUGGCCAGUAUUGUAGGGUGGAUGCCAACACAGCCAGCCCAGUGGGUGCCUUACAACGAGGGGCAUUAGCAUUGCACUGCCUGCUGUGCUGCGGAGUCACCAAGUGACAGAACAGCAUCUUUACAAAACCCCGUGUCUAGGAAAGAGUGCGACUGCAGUCUUGGUCUGAGAGAGGGAUAAACCUACCUCAUAUCAUCCACCUGUAGGAACAAGUUAGCAUGGGUUCACUUGCGUGAUUGAUGACUCAUCUGCAUACUGUAACAUCUCUCUCGUGUCUCAGCUGUGUGUGCUUCAGGAUCCCAUACGAUGGUGCUCUUCUUUCUUUUAUACAAAGGAUUAGUAACUCCCUGUUCAUAUUGUGAAUAGAAAGGUUUCUGAUACACUUUUUUGACGUUUUUUACCAAUAUUCCAGAGCAUGUAAUAUAUACAGAAAGACACACUUGUUAAGCUGGUACUUAGUGGUUUGUAUUAGAGUCGCAAUUGGGAAUUAAACGAACAGAAAAAAAAAAAAAGAAAACCAACAAAAUAAAAAAUAACUUAUUUCCUUGGUUUUACAUAUUUGUAUAGCCUUCUAGAAAUACGAAAGCUCUUUUUUGCUUAUUCUUUUACUACUUACGGACUUUUAGACCUAUUAUUUUGUAUAGGUCAAUAAACUGCAAAGUGUGCUACCAAAA